UUUUUGGCAUAAAUUCUGAAAAGAAAGUUAUCAUUUUCAAGCUUGGUACAUUUGUUCUUCAUGCUACUAGCAAGCUAUAGUAAAACUAUUGGGCCGAUCAGAUAAACCGUAUGCCCCAUCUUCCCUUCUCCCCAUAUAUAACAUUGCUUUUGAACGAUAACGUUUUUCAGAAAUUUUUUAAAACUUGCUUAAACACCUAUUGUGACACACAUUUAAAUUACCUAAGUACCACAAUUCAAGUUUAAAUUGCUUUUUAAACAAGUGGCAACCCUAAUAAAUAAAGUUCUCAAUAAAGCCUUUCAAACGCAUUAAGAUUGAUACCAAUCUCCUUCAAAUACCUCAAAAAUAGCUUAAAAUAGCUGUUAGCCACAGUGAUGUUAUUGUGAGUCAAGUCAGCCAAUUGAUCUACUGGAUGAGUACCCUUGCUUUAAAUAAAAUGUAUGUGUGACAGUGCUGCCUUCGGCUAUGCCAAAGGUUUCAUACCUUUCUGGAACAUCAGAAAAUUUUACUUCGUGAGCUAAAAUUUUUACCUUCACUACAUGCGUGUAGGAUGGCUUUUAUUAAUUUAUUUUUAUUUAUUUGAUAGUUUACUUACAUUUAUUUGGAACAAAUUUGCUGAAAUGUCUAUUUCAAGGUUAAGGCAUGUAAGUAUACAGGUUAGCCCCUUUUACAAGUAAAGCCUUCACAAGAGCAAAAUGAUUUCAUCGUUUUGAUAACACUGUCCUACAGUGGUUACUCAACAUGAACAAACGCUAAAAAUUAUGAAAGAAAAUGUCUCCCAAACCAACUUUGCCGUAUACAGUACUAACUAGCAUGCUGGUACCGGGGUUUUUGUGAAGCUCUAAAAAUUAUAACUACAACAUUUGAGCAUAGCCUCCCAUCUCGAAACGAACGACGUAUUCUACGUCAAAAAAACAACAUUAUUAGCUCAUAUACUAUUAACCAUUAAAUAUUUACAAAACCAAAUAAUGUCUAAAUCGCUAACCACUGAUUCUUCUACUCCUUGCAAACUAAAUUACAUCAUGGAAUCGAAGCCAAUACUCUAUUCGUAUUGGCGGAGUUCUUGUUCGUGGCGUGUACGCAUCGCUCUCAAUUUGAAGGAGAUACCAUAUGACAUCAAGCCCAUUAGCUUAAUCAAGUCAGGUGGCGAGCAGCAUUGCAAUGAGUAUCGUGAGGUGAAUCCGAUGGAGCAGGUGCCGGCAUUGCAGAUUGAUGGCCACACACUUAUCGAGUCUGUAGCUAUUAUGCACUACUUGGAAGAGACGCGUCCACAACGUCCACUGUUGCCACAAGAUGUGCACAAACGCGCAAAAGUGCGUGAAAUUGUAGAGAUUAUUUGUUCGGGUAUACAGCCCCUACAAAACCUCAUUGUACUCAUUCAUGUCGGCGAAGAAAAGAAAAAAGAAUGGGCACAACAUUGGAUUACACGCGGCUUUCGGGCUGUCGAGAAAGCACUUUCCACCUCGGCCGGCAAGUAUUGCGUGGGCGAUGAGAUUUCCAUGGCAGAUUGUUGCCUGGUGCCACAGGUCUUUAAUGCAAGACGAUUCCAUGUCGAUCUUCGUCCAUAUCCGAUCAUCUUGCGCAUCGAUCGUGAACUGGAGGCUAAUCCUGCUUUCCGUGCAGCUCAUCCCUCCAACCAACCAGACUGUCCACCGGAGUUGCCAAACAAAUAGAAUUUUCCGUCAACAACUGCAAAGCGCCGCAAAACUAAAAAGUGAUCACGAGUAGCAUAACAACAGAAAGAGCAGCAAUAACAAAACAAAAACAAAACUAAACGCCAUAACAGGCGAAGGCGAGCGAAUAAAAUUGAGAAUGUAAAAACAAAUGUGGCCGUCACAAGCAGUUGAACAAAUUGAAAAACCAGUACUUGAAAAGAAUUAUGCGAUCGGAAAAAAUUAUAACAGAAAAAGCAAAAUGCAUACAAAUCACAUUUUAAAUGAGAACUUGUAAAAAUAUAACCAAUUGACAAAGAGAAAAAAAGGUAAAAAGGAGGUAAAGAGAAGAUAUGAUAGCUUGAGCCCUCAAAGUGGCCAGCGCUAUUGACUUCUUAAACAAAAAAAAAAAAAAAACAUAAAAAUUGUGAAAGUAAAACUCAAAGAAAAGAAUUGUGAAAGCUGUUUAAUCAUUUGGAAAGUGAAAAAGCAUUAAAAGUUUUGAAAUAUUUGGCAACAAUUGUGAAAAUUAUCUCAAAGAUAUGAGCACAUACGUAUUUAUAUAUUACUUACACAUACAUACAUACAUACUCACACAUUAAAUUUAGAACUAUGUUUAAGCGCUAAGCAUUACUUUAAAAAAAAAGUCUUCACAAUUUCAAAUUUCAAAAUGACAAAAAAAGCAAAAUAAUGCAAAAUUAUUUAUGCAAAGCAAAAUUAAAUUCAGGGAUUUUACCAACUACAAAGGCAAGUAAGAGUGUAAAAGGAAGAGUUGAAAGGAAAACACACACACACACACACAACCAACACAUACAUACAUACAUACUUACAACUAGCCUACCAAAUAUUACAAUACUUGAUGUUAGAGUUAGCAAACAAAUCUCGUAACAAAA